AUGCAGGUCAUAGAUGAUAUCUUCGAGACGCUACAUCAGAAGCCCAUGGAGCACAACGUUACGGUGGAGAACGUGACUCUGGAAAUGAUGGGAGACGUGGUAGAUUUCUCCGGACCGCGACGCUUGACAACCGGCGUGUACAAGAGCUUGAGCAAGCAGCUGAAUCAAACGAUUGGGGAAGACGAUCUGUCGAAGCUCCUGCAACCAAAGCUAGUCGGAGAUGUUCUCGUCAUGCCAGGACGCUCGUUCGCGGCUUCGUCCAACACGUACACGGAAGAAGAGAAGGCACAAUUGCCGCCAAAGCUUGUGCUACACCAUUAUGCGGGUUCGUGGAAGAAUGACAAGGGUGGCGAAGACUAUGGCGAUUUAUCAUUUAAGAUGAUGAGCUUUCAGACUUAG